AAACCGCGCGUCGUCGUCGUCGGCGGCGGCGUCGGCGGCCUGGCGACGGCGGGCCGGCUGCAGCGCCUCGGCGCGGAGUGCACCGUGCUGGAAAAGAACGAGAAGCUCGGCGGCCGCGUCGGCGAGCACCGCUGGGAAGGCCACCGCUGGGAGACGGGCGCGUCGCUGCUGCUGCUGCCGGACGUCUAUCGCCGCGCGCUCGAGGCCGCCGGCGGCGCCAUGGUCGACGCCGUGCGCGUCGACCCGGCCUACGCGGUCUGGUUCCGGGAGCACGCGGACCGCGGGCCCGUCGUGCUCGGCGGCGGCGACCGCGGCGCGCUCCGAGCGCGCCUCGAGCUCGAGGCGCCGGGCGCGUUCGAGCGCUUCGAGCGCUACGGCGCCUGCGCGCGCGAGUACCUCCGGGCCGGCUGGCCCAUCUUCAUCGAGGAGGACCUGUCCUUCAGCGGCCUCGCGACGCUGCCGCGCUUCCUCGCGAACGCUCUCUCGGACCUCUGGCGCUGGCCGCUCUUCGGCCACGACGCGCAGCUGCGGCGGCUCUUCCCCGAGAGCGCGCGGCUCCGGGCGCUCUGCAGCUUCGACGACUUGUACGUGGGCCUGAGCCCCUACGAGGCGCCGGCGGUCUUCUCGCUGCUCGCGGCCAUCGAGCUCGACGACGCGGGCGUGGUCGACGACCCGCCGCGGCGCGACGUCGGCGUCUACUACCCGCGCGGCGGCUUCGGUACCGUCGUCGACGCGUUGACGCGCGCCUGCGAGGCCUCGGGCGUGGCGCUGCGGACGCGCGCGGCCGUGGACCAGGUGCUCGUCGCGGACGGCAGAGCGACGGGCGUGCGGCUCCAGGACGGCGAGACGCUCGACGCCGACUACGUCGUCGUCAACGGCGACCUCGCGACGACGGAGCCGGCGCUGCUGUCGGAGACCACCGGCGCGGCGCGGAGCGCCUACGAGCGCGAGCGCUACUCGACGUCGUCGAUCACGUUCCUCUGGGCGCUCGACGCGGCGCUGCCCCAGCUCCGGCACCACAACGUCUUCCUCGCCGAGGCCGGAAACGGCGACGACCCCUUCCGCGUCGCCUGGGACGACCAGCUGCCGGAGCGGGGCCGCCGCUCGCGCUUCCCGGGCCGCGGCUUCCACUUUUACCUCUGCGCGCCGUCGCGGACCGACGCGACCGCGGCGCCCGAGGGCAAGGACACGCUCAUGGUCCUCGUGCCGACGCCGCCCCUCGCCGAGGACGGCAGCGACCCCGUGGACGACUGGAUCGCGGCCGCGCGGGACGGCGUCUUCGCGGCUCUCCGGGACUCGGCGGGCUGCGGCGACGUCGCCGGCCACGUCGUCCACGAGCGCGUCAUCGACCCGCGCGAGUGGCGCGACGGCCUCGGCCUCCGCCACGGCAGCGUCUUCGGCCUCGCCCACGGCCUCGACCAGCUCGCGAUCUUCCGCCCGUCGCGGCGGUCGGCGCGCGUCGGCGGCCUCGCGUUCGUCGGCGCGUCGACGCGGCCGGGCAACGGCGUGCCCCUCGUGCUGACGUCGGCGAAGCUGCUCUGCGCGGAGUUGGAGGACGAGCUGGGGCUG